AUGAAACGAAUUUCUGCCCUUGCUACUGCCAUGAGCUUCAUGGCUCUUCUCCCAUGGCCGGGCUUAGCAAGUGCGGAUUGCCCAACCACUGGACCAGGUGCGAGUCCUACGACUAUUCAGCCCAUGGAGAUUGUUCACUGCAUUCCGCUUCAUCUCAGCACUUCAGUUUCGCUGAAUACUACAUUCACUGUUAUGGGCACUCCAGUCAAAGUCACCAACGCUCCUACCUUGGUGACUUCCGACUUCUUGGCUACGACCACGGUCACCUACCUCUCUCCUGUCAAUACCCAAUCGCCCUACGCAGGUCCUUGCGUCACGGUUACGGCAGCACUGCCUCCCGGAUCAAAGCCUUCUACUAUUAUCAUUCCCCCACAAAGUGGACAGGCUACAGGAACCAAGUACAUCUGCUCGCCGCUUGAGUCGAAUAUGCCGUGGUUGCCGGGCCUGGGCAACCCAAACGCCGGCGGCAAGUCUCCAUUCAUAGGAAGCCUGACGACGGUCACCGCUCCCUACGCGGGCUCGAUUAUGACGACGUUGACGAUUCCCCCUACUGGAAGUGACCAGACAGGCACUGAGCUCAUCCUCAAGCCCACGCCCAAUAACGGAGAUGCCCCUUUCAACGGUCCCUGCACGACAAUAACAGUUCCUGGAUCCGGCACAGCAUUGACAACUUUGACGGUGCCUCCAUCGGGAUCUGACCGCACUGGCACUCAGAUUGUUUGUCUCCCCUCCGCUACUGGAGGUCUGAUAACCAGCACGUCAACAGGGACUCAACCCGGCCAGACUGGGUUGAUUACCCUUACCCCUGGAAAGCCCGGCGAUCCGACUACCAUCGUCACGAUUGUUCCACCUGGUGGGCGGGUAACUUCUACGUCAACAGGAACUCAGCCUGGCCAGACCGGGUUGAUUACCCUCACCCCUGGCAAGCCCGGAGAUCCAACUACAAUUGUCACAAUUGUGCCUCCUCCAUCGGGAGGAUUGGUUACUUCUACAUCUACUGGCACUCAACCUGGACAGACGGGACUACUUACCCUCACCCCUGGAAAACCUGGAGAUCCAACUACAAUUGUCACAAUUGUGCCUCCUCCAUCGGGAGGAUUGGUUACUUCUACAUCUACUGGCACUCAACCUGGACAGACGGGACUACUGACCCUUCCCCCUGGAAAGCCCGGCGAUCCAACCACGAUUGUUACUAUCGUACCUCCUCCGUCAGGCGGAUUAGUAACAUCUACAUCGACCGGAACCCAGCCAGGUCAAACUGGAUUACUGACUCUGACGCCUGGCAAGCCUGGAGAUCCAACUACAAUCGUUACUAUCGUACCUCCUCCCACGGGAGGAUUAGUAACAUCUACGUCGACGGGUACUCGCCCAGGUCAGACCGGAUUACUGACUCUGACGCCCGGCAAGCCUGGAGAUCCUACAACGGUCGUUACCAUUGUGCCGCCACCUAGCGGCGGGGUAGUUACUAUUACUUCAACAGGAACCCAACCUGGGCAAACUGGUCUUCUCACUCAGACGCCUGGCCGCCCUGGCGACCCAACGACAAUCAUCACGAUUGUUCCCCCUCCUACCGGUGGACUUGUCACGAUUACUUCAACGGGGACCCAACCUGGGCAAACUGGUCUUCUCACUCAGACGCCUGGCCGCCCUGGCGACCCAACGACAAUCAUCACGAUUGUCCCCCCUCCUACCGGUGGACUUGUCACGAUUACUUCAACGGGGACCCAACCUGGGCAAACUGGUCUUCUCACUCAGACGCCUGGCCGCCCUGGCGACCCAACGACAAUCAUCACGAUUGUCCCCCCUCCUACCGGCGGGUUAGUCACCUCAACCUCAACCGGAACUCAACCCGGCCAGACUGGUCUUUUAACACUAACCCCCGGUCGUCCCGGCGAUCCUAUAACAGUCGUUACUAUCGUGCCACCUUCGUCGGGCGGAGUAACGACUGUCACAUCUACUGGCACUCAGACUGGCCUGACGACUCUAACACCCGGUCGACCCGGCGAUCCAACUACUGUCGUUACUUUCGUUCCAAGUCCUACUGGCGGCAUCGUCACGGUCACUUCCACAGGGUCGACCACUGGCCUCGUUACUCAGACACCCGGGCGACCCGGUGAUCCAACUACGGUCGUGACCAUUGUGACGCCUCCUGCCGGUGGGCUAACGACUGUCACCUCCACAGGCUCGACGACUGGCCUGACGACUCUAACACCCGGUCGACCCGGCGAUCCAACUACUGUCGUUACUUUCGUUCCAAGUCCUACUGGUGGCCUUGUCACAGUCACUUCCACAGGGUCGACCACUGGCCUCGUUACUCAGACACCCGGGCGACCCGGUGAUCCAACCACAGUCGUGACCUUUGUAACGCCUCCCGCCGGCGGAUUAACCACUGUCACCUCCACAGGCUCGACAACUGGGUUGACCACUUUGACGCCCGGACGGCCUGGAGAUCCGACGACGGUCGUGACUAUUGUUCCCUCUCCUCUCGGCAGUAUCGUCACGGUUACUUCUACAAGAUCAGCCACAGGCCUCACUACUCAGACACCCGGGCGCCCUGGUGAUCCUACUACUGUUGUAACUUUUGUUACGCCUCCUGCUGGGGGACUGACUACAGUUACCUCGACGGGAUCGCAGACUGGUCUCACGACCCUGACGCCUGGAAGACCUGGAGAUCCUACUACGGUAGUGACUAUUGCGACUGGCCCUCCUCCUGUGACAGUCACCUCGACAGCCUCUACCACUGGUUUAACUACCCUCACACCCGGAAGGCCUGGAGACCCUACUACAGUCGUCACUUUCGUUACUGGUCCUCCUUACGUCACGAUCACUUCAACAGGCUCGACGACUGGUCUUACCACCUUGACUCCUGGAAGACCUGGAGAUCCUACUACUGUAGUGACUAUUGCGACUGGCCCUCCUCCUGUGACAGUCACCUCGACAGCCUCUACCACUGGUUUAACUACCCUCACACCCGGAAGGCCUGGAGACCCUACUACAGUCGUCACUUUCGUUACUGGUCCUCCUUACGUCACGGUUACUUCAACUGGUUCAACGACUGGUCUCACGACCUUGACGCCUGGAAGGCCUGGAGAUCCUACUACUGUAGUGACUAUUGCGACUGGCCCUCCUCUAGUGACAGUCACCUCGAUAGGCUCAACGACUGGUCUGACCACGCUGACUCCCAGAAGUCCUAGAGACCCUACUACAGUCGUCACUUUCGUUACUGGUCCUCCUUACGUCACGGUUACUUCAACUGGUUCAACGACUGGUCUCACGACCUUGACGCCUGGAAGGCCUGGAGAUCCUACUACUGUAGUGACUAUUGCGACUGGCCCUCCUCUAGUGACAGUCACCUCGAUAGGCUCAACGACUGGUCUGACCACGCUGACUCCCAGAAGUCCUAGAGACCCUACUACAGUCGUCACUUUCGUUACUGGUCCUCCAUUCGUCACGGUUACUUCAACUGGUUCAACGACUGGUCUCACGACCUUAACGCCUGGAAGACCUGGAGACCCGACUACCGUAGUUACGAUCGUAACCAGCCCGCCCCCCGUUACGAUAACCUCUACUGGCACGACUACAGGUGUCACCACGGUUCCUGGAGGUCCUGGGGGCCCAGCUACAGUUAUUACAUUUGUUCCCAGGGGGUUCCUGGUUACACUCACCUCUACCGGAACCACAACUGGGCUUACGACGAUUAUCCCCACUGAUCCAGUUGGCGGCACUACCAGCGUAAUCACAUUCGUCACCCUGCCAGCCCCGGUAACUGUCACGUCUACGGGUAGUACGACGGGUCUCACCACGAUUCCUCCAGGUCCAAGUGGAGGCCCUCCCACUGUCGUUACAUUUGCGACCUCUACAGCAAGCCCUAUUUCACCGGUCACCGUCACAUCAACGGCAUCAACCACUGGCUUGACUACCCUGCCCCCUGGUCCCAGCGGUGGUCCUUCGACUGUCGUCACUUUUGUCACCCCCUCUGCGAGUUCUCUCCCACCUGUGACGGUUACAUCUACAGCCUCAACCACUGGUCUGACAACUCUGCCUCCUGGGCCAAGCGGCGGUCCCUCGACGGUUGUGACCUAUGUGACACCUCCAGCGAGUCCUCUUUCUCCCGUGACCGUUACAUCGACGGGGUCGACCACAGGCUUGACAACUCUGCCUCCUGGGCCAAGUGGUGGCCCGUCCACUGUGGUCACAUUCGUUCCGCGUAUUACUGGCUUCUUGAUCACUCUCACAUCCACGGCCAGCCAGACGGGACUCACCACUAUCGUCCCGACGGAUCCAGCCGGCACUACCAGUAUUAUCACAUUUGUCACGCCUUCUGCACCUCUUACGCCCGUCACUGUGACUUCAACUGGAACCGGUACUGGCCUGACCACCCUUCCUCCCGGCCCCAGUGGCGGUCCGUCUACCGUAGUCACAUUUGUCCCAUCUCCCACCGGUGGCUUGACAACGGUCACAUCGACGGGCUCGCAGACAGGCCUUACCACCAUAACUCCAACUGACCCGGCCGGUACUACGAGCGUCAUAACAUUCGUCACGCCCAGCGCUCCCCUUACGCCAGUCACAGUUACGUCAACGGCAUCCACCACUGGCUUGACCACUCUUCCUCCUGGUCCCAGCGGCGGCCCUUCAACUGUCGUCACUUUUGUCACUUCCUCUACUCCUCUUACGCCGGUUACUGUCACGUCAACGGCGUCAACCACCGGUCUGACAACCAUCCCUCCAGGCCCCAGCGGUGGCCCUUCAACUGUCGUCACUUUUGUCCAGACUCCCACUGGCUUCAUCACAACGGUCGUAUCAACAGGCACCCAGACCGGUGUGACAACUUUGCCUCAAACCAACCCGACCGGCACGACUACUGUCAUCUCUUUUGUGCCUCCGGUCACUGGCGGACUUAUCACUCUUACGUCAACUGGCACGCAGACAGGCGUCACUACUCUGCCUCAAACGGAUCCUGCCGGAACAACGACUGUGAUUACCUUCGUGCCCCCGAUCACUGGCUUCCUUACAACAGUUGUUUCGACCGGCACGCAAACUGGACUGACUACAAUCACGCCAACUGGAUUAGGCGGCACAACAAGUGUCGUCACCUUUGUGACUCCCUCGGCAAGCCCUAUUCCACCAGUAACCGUCACUUCAACUAGAUCAUCAACCGGAUUAACGACCCUUGCCCCUGGUCCCAGCGGUGGUCCUACUACUGUUGUGACUUUUGUUACACCUGUUCUUACUACAGUCACCAUAACUUCGACCGGCACUACGACAGGACUUACAACAAUUCCACAGGUCGGAACUGUGCCAGGCACCGUUAUCACCAUCGCUUGCCGUGCUGUAACACAAACGCAAACAGUCUCGGCCAGUGGAUCCUCGGGCACUCAAGCUUCAUUUGUUGUUCCUGCGUGCGCACGAACCGCGCAAUUCAGGAUCAAAGGCGGUGAUGGUGGUGAAGGUGGUCGACAAUCAGGAGUUGGUGAACUCAUUUCUGGGAGUUUCGCCGUCACACCCGGUCAGACAUAUGCUCUCAUUGCAGGCGGCGCCGGGGGUACAAAUAUCCAGGGAACCAGUGCAUAUGGUAACGGCGGUACAGCGACCACCGGUGGUGGUGGAGGUGGUGGAGCGUCUGCAAUCCUUCUUGGGGGUGCGGAGGUUGUCGUCGCUGGCGGAGGAGGUGGCGGGGAUAUAUCUUAUAGUGUAUUUCCCACUGAUGGACGACCAAACACAGUCCACAUCACCUCGGAUGACAAUAGAGGUCACGGCGGCUCUCCAGGACAAGAAGGCGUUGGCAGAUAUACAGUCGACCAGGCGAAUGAUGGUACCAGUGGCUAUUACAACGUUGCCCGAGGUGGAGGUGGGGCUACAGCAAGUGGGCCAGGCGCUGCUGGAACAAUCAGUGGUUACUCGGAUUCCUCAGCGAACGGCAAUCCUGGAUCUGGUCACAACGGUGGCGCAGGUAUUGCUUCUCGAAACUCAGGGUCUGGUGGGAGUGGAGGAUCUGGGGCCGGCGGCGGUGGCUACUAUGGUGGUGGCAGUGGAAGCGUCUUGGACUGGUCUUAUGGUACCAGUCGCGUUACAUUUGGCGGUGGUGGCGGUGGUGGCUCCAGCUUCGUCCGAUCCGGUGUUACUGUCAGUAGCCGGAGCAUUACGGGUGGUACCGGAAGUGUUGAGAUUGUCUUCACUUCUUAA